UUUGAGGGUAUAUCAGCUCACAAGCCGUUUGCUAUGGCAGGGGCCUCAUGGUGUGGGGUGAGAGAGCAGGCCUGGGUCUGGGCAGCGCAAGACGACGUCUUUGUACGGGGAUUGUGUCUAGACGCCUCUCGCUCAUGAUGAUUCCCGAACAUUCCUAUCAUUUCGGCACGAGGUGAUAGGGAUGAUUGAGCGACGAGGAGUUCUGCUAUGUCUGGUUAUCGUCGUUCUCGCACACGCAUGAGUGGAAGCUCUGUUGGAUUGUGACAAGUUAUCAUAAUUCUAAGUUGUUCGUAGGUUGCAGAGAAGGGAAGGCAUGCCCCACGAAGAGAAUUAAACAAAUCCGGAGGUCAGGUGGGGACCCUAGUGAGCUGCCACAUAGAGCAUCCUCAUAAUUGACACCUUCGUAUCCUUAGAGACCAGACCAUGAACUGGUUGGAACGGUUGGUAGAGUUAGCUGCACGUAAGGUUGCUGAUAAACUUAUGACCAGCAAGGAAGGACUUGCUUAUAUGAAGGACUUUGAGGAUGACGAUCCUCGCUUGGUCCGUAGGAUCUUCGUGGACCGGUCUAAGGAGAAGGAUGUAAAGAAGAACGAUCCAGACCUGGCCCACGUUGAUAAUGCCGAAGGAGCAAUGGAGGUCAAGAAGCGUGUCAUCCUCGGAAGGCUGGUCUAUGGGAUGUAUGACUGGUCCAGAGGUGCAGAAGAAUACGAGGAAUGGUGGACCAAGUCGCACUAUGAUCUGUGGAAGUUGGACAAAAUAUUGACUGAAGACGAGCUUAAUCUCUAUGCAACAGAAGUGCAGGAUCAGCAUAAGAACAAGUACUUCGGUGUCUUCCGACAAAAGGAGGGAAGUCCUUUCGUCAAGGAUGGCGACUACCCAGACUGGGUAGUCGCCAUCGGGGGAACUCAGCCCGAGUCUAUCGAGGAUCUCAUACACGAUUUCAGGAUCUUUGUGAAGAAAAAUAACUUUUCAAAAUUGAUCACAAUUCUGGAGGUUGUGGUCCGGCGUCUCGUUGUGCAACAUGGGAACUGCAACGUGAACGUGACCGGUCAUUCAAUCGGGGCCGCAGUGGGCUUGGUGGUCUGUCGAGGGCUGGCACUUGAGGGAUGUCUGGUCGAGGGCCACUUCUUCAAUCCUCCGCUCAUCACUCGGGAGUCGCCCCAUCACAGGAGAGGCAAAGCCGAGCUCGAGAUACUGGCCGAAUUCGGAUGGUAUCCGAAUCUCUAUGUGAACAAAUAUGACCACGUCAGCUCUAGUUUUCUCUCAUACUUCGCUAGUCCACACUUAGCUAAUCUAUCAGCAAUGAUUCAAUCUAUCAGCAAUGAUUUUCGUCAUAGACUGAGAUGGUAUGAUGCGCGGUUCCCGGAUGAACAUAUUGUUAAGAUCAAAAAGGAUCAAUACCACGUCGAUAGAGCACACGGUUUGUUGGUUUGGCUGAAUCCUGAAUACUCCGAGAAGACUCAUGUUGCUCUGUUUCCUUUUGCACGUAUUGUUAAGAUCCAAAAGUAUCCAAAAAACGUCGAUAGAGCACACGAUUUGUUGAUUUGGCUGGAUCCUGAUGUCCCACAUUCCAAGAUGGAAGAAGUUGCUUCAUACAAUGCUUUCUACUCUGACCGGUCGACGACCGACUCAGACGAAGACGAUUCAGAUGAUUCCAAUUCAGACCAUCCAGAUGAGAGAUUGAACACCAACGCUUCAAAUGAGGUUCCAGAAGAAGGGGGUUCCGCAAAUGAGAUAGCAUCUAUGGUCGAAAAUCGGAUUAAUGACGAACUGUAUGUGCUGUAUGAACCAUCGGAUGGACUACCUUACGACACGGAGAUAAUAUUUGUGCACGACCUAUACACUGAAGGCUGUAGAGAUGCAUGGAGGACGACAUGGACCAACGAGGAUGGCGUAUGCUGGCCAAAACAAUUCUUGGCAGAAAAGUUCCCAAGAGCUCGUAUGUUAUCGGUGUCUUAUGAUGCUUGUGUGACUACAAAUAGUACCCAGGGCCGAAUGGACUCCUUGUACGUCAUUGCGGAAAAUUUGAUGCACAACCUUUUUCUUCAAAGCAGCAACGUUGGGCAGACACCCAACUGCCCAGUUUUCUUUGUCGGACAUGGCCUGGGAUGCUUCGUAAUUAAGAAACUGAUGAUCACAGUUGAUAGCUAUAGGGGGUACCAUCAAGAGAGAAGGAACAGAUUGAUGAACAACGUCGGUGGCUUUGUGUUCUACUCUCCUUUCAAUUUCGGAGUCAAAUGGAAUUUGUAUGAAUUUGAGUCUGGUCAAAAGAAUCCACUGGCGAACAACUUGAUAGUACAUCAUCCAGAGCUUAGUCGACUCAAUGGUGAAUUCAGUAAGCUUCGACGAGAUAUGCAAAACCGCCGAGAAUCAAAACUUCUGUGGUCAGUUCUGACAAUUUGCGAGUCACAUCCAACAGCAUCAAAAGCGCCUGGUCAUCAAACAUCAGAACCCUUUGUGUCAGAGGGAACUGCCAGAUUCGAUUGUGAGUUGUUCCUGUUUGGAGAUGGUGACCAUUUUAGUCUCUGCAAACCACUGUCAAUGGGACAAGUUGGAUAUCAAUCCGUCGAAGAUUUCAUUGCUAAUAUCCUGGAGGAGAGUUAUAGAGGAUCUCCUCCCAAGUUCAUACCUAAGUUUAUUCCGACAUCUGAUGAAAAUAAAUCCAGAUCAAUUCAGGGUGGAGUGGGUUAGUAUCAGGCGUUGGCAACGGGAGCGGGAGCUUAGCGUAUUCAGUGGACCUUUGCAACACUUGUAAUUCUCCCUCUGACGGAAAGCGUCAUAAACUCAUGUAAGGGCCUCUAUUAAGUAUUCUGUAUGUUCUCC